AUGGUUUCUUCACCUUACCAGACCUGGUCCAGGACCGCUGCAGCUGCAUCUCCUCCUGAGAUGGUCGCAACUUCCUCUCAACAUCGUCAAAUUGUGCUCCAGGUACGUCCUAGGGGAAAUCCAGCUGCCAGAGCCAACUCCCCUACUUCCCCCAUUCUGGCCUGUGUGGCCAACCCUCUUGCCUCUCCAGUGGCGAGCAAGCCACUGGAGCCUCUUUUCCUGGGGAUGGAUGACGACGCCAACAUCCCCACUCCCCUUCCUUCCCCCUUCCUGGCCCCCAUUCCCAACCCCAUGGGGAGCGACUAUUCUCCAGCCUCCCUGGAGAUCAACAUGUAUGAGGUGGAUGCAAGACAUCCCAUGAUGGAGUUGAUGACUCCAGAACAUCAAGCAGCAUGGGAGGCUGAGCUGGCUCGCUCUCCUACUCCUCCUCCUACGGCCAACGAGGUCAUCGACAUGGUCUUGGACACCCAUCAACUGGGCAUCCCUGUUUACCGGCUGGAGGUUCAUCCAUUAACACCCCCUCCUUGCUGGGUAGAGCAUCAAACUCCUCCCCCUCCCCCUCCUGACUGA